AUGGCACGGGGAUAUGGUUUAGACGACAGCAGCGAUGAGGAUAUCCUUAUAGACGACCAAGAGGACGCACCGCCAGUUCAAUCUCUCGACGGAGAUGACUCUAUGGCUAUAGAAGAAUCUGAGGACGAUGAUGACUUUAAAAUGGACAAUACAUUCAACUUUGAUAGGCCGUCUUCUAAUAGACUCCCCGCUAGUCUCGGUUUACAGCCUCAAAGGGUCCAAGUAAUGCAGACUUCCUUUUUUCACAACGACGACGAAGUAGAAGAGGAUAAUGCUCUACCAGUUAAAUCAUUACCAAAGUUGGUUCAAUCUGAUAACAUCGUUGAACAAAACAAGAGACUAUCCACUUCACCACCUCCAGAAGUUUCUUUCAAACCAGCAGUUAUACGCAAAUUCAAGCACACCAGCACUUCAUUCAAUAAUAACAAUAUAUACAAAGACCAAGCUCUCGCUCUCGGUCGCUCAUUUAGACCCGGUUUGAGCAAUCUCGAAUACAGUUAUAUAUCCAAACAAUCACCUUCGAUUGUCGCUUUUAAAAAUACGGCAGAAGAUUCCAAUAGAACCGCUAUUGAGAAGCUUUUACAAUUACAACUGCAAUACACCUCCAUCGAACUCGAUCAAGAUAGUGGGUUACCUGUUGCAUCGACAGAUUAUCAGUUAAGGUUUAAGAACUUUGUUGGUACAUUCAAUCAAGAUGACUAUGCACAUGAGGCUACUUACUGGAGACUAGCUAGUGCAUUGUUUGAUGAGAUCGAUUUGGACUUGCCUGAAAAUACUAGUGAUACCCUAAUCAGUAGAGUUCUGGCGGUAAGACGGAAAGAAGCCCUCUCAAAUUGGCUUAAAAGUACAGUCUCAGAGACGGUUGAAUCUGAAAUAAAGGAAUCACAAGAAGAAGUUAUCAAUAGAGUAUUUAGUUUACUCACUGGUAAUCAAAUAGUCAGAGCUGCAAACCUUGCUAUGAGCAUAGGUGAUUAUAAAUUAGCAACACUCAUCACACAAUCACCAGGUGAUAGCGAAUUUAGAAAUGACCUCUACUCUCAAAUACAAAAGUGGAAGGAGCAUAAAGUCGAUUCUCAAAUUGACUCAAACUAUAGAAAAGUUUAUGCCCUUUUGGCAGGUAUAACUGACAACCUUGAAGGCAAUAAGAGUUUCGAUAAUGCAGACAAAGCCGACAUGAUUAACAUCUCUCAAGGUCUCGAUUGGUUGAGAUCGUUUGGUUUAAGGUUAUGGUAUGGUACUCUCGAUGAACAAGGUAUUAACGAUGCUGUUGACGCCUACGAUAAUGCAUUUAAUGACGAAGAUGGAAAGUUUGAACCAACUGCCUCUGCACCAAUAGCUCACCAUCACAUUGACAAGAAGAGUGGGCCAUUUGAUGCUAUCUAUUCACUCAUAAAAUUGUUCAUUGACCCUGCAUAUACACUUGAAAGGGCAUUAGAACCAAUUGGGUUUAGUUCUUCAAAGCAAGAUUGGAGACUGAGCUGGCAUGUCUACACAAUUCUCUCUAGAGUACUCCGAUUGAGAGAUUUUGGUGGAAGGUUUGAUGUAGCGAUGGAUGAAAACCAAGAUGGAACUGUUGAAGGACAUUCACAGAAAGCCGACAAUUUGGCAAUUAAUUAUGCCAGUCAAGUUGAAAGAGCAGGUUUAUACCAAUGGAGUAUAUUCAUCCUUCUGCAUUUAGAACUCGACGAUAUGAGAGAAAGUGCGAUCAAGGAUAGUUUGACCAGGAAUGUUAUGAACUAUUCUGAACAAGAUGAGGCAUUCUUGGUGGAUAAAUUGUGUAUACCACAAACAUGGUUAGCUGAAGCUAAGGCAACAUAUGCUCACUACCAGGGUAAUAUGUACGAAGAAUACAAAUUGUUGCUCGCUGCAGAGCAAUACACAGGUGCUCACUUUGUAGCUGUAAAUACACUUGCUCCAGAGGCUAUCAUACGGGAUGAUCUGGACUUACUCAACAAGUUACUCCAACCAUUUGAAAAUGUUGACGUUAGCGUUGACAAUUGGUCAUCUGGUGGCAAACUAUUACUCGAAUAUACAAACAUACUAAAGAGAGUUCCAGAAUUGAUCGUCGGAACAACAUCAGAGAAAGCUGAUGCAAGUGAUCGCGGACAAUUACGAGAAAUCUAUCGUCGUUUACCAAUCCUAAUUAAAUCUUUGAAUGGAAUUUUCAAAUACAAGCAAAUAGGACAACCAGAUACGGUACAAUUUAAGAUAACAUUAUCUGAAAUGACGGAGAAGUUGCUAAACAUUGAGAGGAUACUAAGAGAAUAUAUAUUCACCCAAGGAAAGAUCAACGCGAAUGAAUUCGUUGAUCCAUUCUACUCGACGUCCUCGAAUUCAUUGUUAUUGACCGAAGGUGCCAGACUUGGUUUACUCGAGAAUGAAAGCUUUAGUGUCGUUAAUUUCGACGAUGAGAUCAUGGGAGUGAAGGAUUUGACUGCAACGAUAAAGAGGUAUUGGUGGGUUAUUGUUAGAUAUACUAUAGUCUACUCAUAUCAUCCUAUAAGUCCACAGCUUAUCAAACAAUAUAACGGCCGCUGGAGAGAUAUCCGAGGAUCGAGAGUAGCAAUUGAUGGCACAUUACUCACUCAACGUUUUUAUUAUGGCAAAGAAGGUUACAUACUUAGUUAUCUUAAAUUGAUAAAUGAUGCACGUAACAAUGGAAUAAAACUGAUAGCAGUUUUCGAUGGAAAGAACCGUCUAAGUCAGAAACACAGAGAGAGUCUACGACGCGAAGAAUCCCGUUUGUUAGGACAAAGGAGACUAGACGCAGAAAUAGCCCGUUAUGAGCGUUUAAACUCAUUUCAGGAGCUUAUCACACGUAAAGAUAGUAAAUAUACCACAAUAGAUCAAGAUAUCGCCUAUUUGAAAGAAAAUGCACUAAAAGAAAACAAUUUAACACCUUCUCAGUUGUUGCUUAACGGACAGGAGUGGGAAUUAUACCAAAAUAUUUCUAAUGAUACCACUAAGGGUGACAUACACUCUCAAAUCGCUUCUCUUAAACUUACAACAAACGAGACAAUAAUUAGGUAUAGCAAGAAACCGCCCAGUUCAAGUACUUAUGAGCGCGUCAGACAGCUUCUAAAAGCUGCUGGAGUGCCCACUUUCAUUGUUGACCAGGAUCCCGUUCACGAGGGUGAAGCCUUAGCUAGUGCCAUAGUUUUGAGGGGACACGCAGAUUAUGUCCUUAGUGAAGACACCGAUGUACUCAUAUAUGGUGCUAAAAUGAUACGAGAGAGUGUCAAAUCGUUGAGAAUAGUUGAUGGUUCUCUUCUCCAUAGCGCUUUAGGUUUGACAAAGCGAGAGCUAACACAUAAGAAGCUCAUCGAUUUUGCUCUACUCAGUGGAACUGAUUUCUCAAUUACCAUACCUUCUAUAGGUCCAAUACGGGCACUCAAGUACAUAAAGAAGUAUGGUUCAAUCGAAAACAUAUUGCAACAUAAUGAUAAUUUGGCGCAACUCUUACUUGAUAAACACCGAAUAAGUGUUGAGACAUUCCUUCAUGAAGUCUCUGAAGCAAGGAGAGUGUAUGAGACAUUACCAAACUCACCUUCUGUUAUAAACUUUGAAAAUUAUAAUAGAGAAGCUAUCAACGAGAUUCUCAAAGAGGAAGGAAUAAGCAUGAAUACAACCUGGGGAGAAGUAAACAAUCAUUACACUGAUAUAAAGAACUGGGGAAUGUAA